AUGAGGGAUUUCUUUUCAGCUUGGGGCAGUAGUCUGUCAUAUUUAACCUCUGCAAGAGUUAGCUUUCAUUCUUAUUUAAGUGCUUCUGUUCCUCAGAACGUUAUCAGCUAUGGAGUUUAUGGUUCACCUGGAACUUAUUUAGUUAGAGGUGUUAUGAGGGAUGAAGUUUAUGGAGAUAGUACGGAGUCUUAA